GUUGUACACGUUUCCACCAGAACAUACACCUUCAACUAACAUGGCCACCAACGCUGCCCAGUUCUUAAUGCAGGAGAAUGUAUGGUACGAUAAAUGGCGUUGUGAAGAUGCUGAGAAGGCAUACCAAGAGAAGCUAGCUGGUGCUCACUCUGGCCUUGUAGUUCAGGGUUCUCAGAGUUCCAUCGUGAAUGAAAUAGCUCGGGCCAGGCAACAAAUUCAAAACUCUCUCAGUAACAGUGGUCAAGGACUUGCUGUUGGUGUAGGAGUUGAUAAUAGCGAGGUUAUCAACAGGCUGAACAAUGUGGAACAGGAAAACCAAGCUCUAAGACAAGUUGCUGCUGAUCUGAGAUCUCUGAUUGGUGCACUUACGAGCCGUGUAGCUGCCCUAGAGAGUGCCAGUGGCACCAAGCCACCAGCUGUCGCCGCUCCUAAGGCAGCUGCACCAUCCAAAGCUGAUGAAGAUGAUGAUAGCGAUGAUGAUAUUGAUCUCUUUGGCAGUGAUGAGAGCGAAGAUGAGGAAUUGGAGGCAAAGAAAGCUGACCUUGUCAAGAAAUACCAAGAAAAGAAGGGAAAAAAGCCUGCUCUUAUUGCCAAGUCAAACAUUAUUCUGGAUGUGAAACCUUGGGAUGAUGAAACUGACAUGGCAGAGAUGGAGAAACUGGUGCGGUCUGUUCAAAAGGAUGGUCUCCUCUGGGGUGCCUCUAAGCUGCUUCCAGUUGGCUAUGGUAUUAAGAAGCUUCAGAUUGCUGCUGUCGUAGAGGAUGACAAAGUUGGAACUGAUUUCUUGGAAGAAAAUAUAUGUGCAUUUGAAGAUUUUGUCCAAAGUGUGGAUGUAGCUGCCUUCCAGAAAAUCUAGGAGACCAGAUCAUGGACACUAAUUACAACAAUGAUUAGUAUAAAGGACUGCAUCCUAACUAUUUCAUUCCUCCAAAUAUCACUUUGCCAAAUAUAAAUUGUUAGAUCAAGAAGGACAAUUUUGCAAUUUCAAUCUGAAUUAGCCAAGACAUAUGUUUCUCAUUUUGAGAACUGAGAUCAAUGUUAUUUUUGGAUGACUGUAUUCUUCUAGCCUUUAAUAAAGAAAAUAAAAUAAAUUUUACAAAAUAUUUAUAUUUUAUCUUCUUUUGAUUGACAAGUGGAUAACCAUUAUGCAGUCGAGACAAUUGAAAUAGCAGAUUGAUUUGAUAAACUAACUCUAUUAUCUCAACAAUCAAAGUUCGAUAGGGAUAUAGUAAAGCCCUCUAUCCAUUCAUCUGGAAAAUAACUGAAAUAAUUUGGUGGAAAGAUGUAUCAAACAUAUGUCAAAUUACAGGAUACUUUAGAUUGAUUGAAUUUUUUUGGAAUACUGAGUAAUAAAGAGCUGAUUU